CCGCGCUUCCGGCCGGGGAUCGCGGGGCGGGGCUGUGGCAUCCGGCGCGGAGCCACCGGCCGGUGGUGAGGCCGCCGUCAGCCCCGCACACGGCGCUGCCGGGGCGCUCGGGACCGCGCCACGGGCUCGGCCGGCCCGGCAGUGCCCCGGCAGUGCCCCGGCAGUGCCCCGACCGCGCGGCCCCUCCCGCCGCCGGCGCUGUCCCGCCUCACGCGGCCCGCGGCCCCAGGGGCGGCGCUGUGCGCUCAUUGGCUGGCUCGCCCGGCCCCUCGGCGCUGAUUGGCGCGGCUCCCGUCAGUCCGCGCUGGUGCGCGGCGGGAGCGCGGCCCGGGCGGAGCGCUCGCCAUGGCUGGCGUGGAGCUGUUCUCGCACCCAGCGCUCUACACGCGCUACCGGGCCGGGCUCUGCUCCGCUGCGGCACUGGCGCUGUUGCUCAUCACCGCGCUCACCUAUGUGCCGCCGCUGCUGGUGGCCUACCGGAGCCACGGUUUCUGGCUGAAGCAGAGCACGUACCUGGAGCAGCCCACUGUGCGGUUCCGGUACGAGGUUCUCCUCGUCGCCACCAUCGGGCCCAGCCCGGGCAGCUUCUUGGCGUGGAGCACGUUCCCAGCGUUCAACAGGCUGCAGGAGGACCGGCUCCGAGUCCCGCUCCUGGCGAGAAUGUCAACAUUUGUGAUGCAGAGCAUGGCUUUUCUUCAGUUUUUUUCUCCUGUGCCAGGGUCUCGGCUCUAUAUGAAUGGAGACCUGAAACUGAACCAGAGGCAAUUACUUAACCAUUGUGGACUGGAUACCAGAUACAAUGUGUCUGUGGUCAAUGGCACAAGUCCUUUUGCAAGUGACUAUGAUCUAACAAACAUCAUUGCAGCAUAUUGGGAUAGAAAUGUGACAACAGUCUUUUCAGAUCCCAGCCCUGUUUGGAUGACAGGAAGAGCAACAGAUACACCAUUUAUCAUUAAUGCCACUAUUCAUUAUCCAGUGGAAGUUAUUUUAUAUCAGCCAGGAUUCUGGGAAAUUAUUAAAUUUGCCUGGAUCCAGUAUGUCAGCAUCCUCCUUAUCUUUCUUUGGGUGUUUGGUAGGAUUAAGAUGUUUUUGUUCCAGAAUCAGGUGUUGACCACAAUUCCAGUAUCAUCAGUUCUGCCAGUGUCUCCAGUACUAUCCUACAAACAGCACCAGUCCUGAGGAGAUGCCUGAGAACACUUUAACGAAAUGCAGUUCAAAAGUAGUCACCUGCUUUUAUUCUCUAUUCACUUUUUACUUUGGAAGAUGAGAAUUUUGUAAGUAUGUUUCAAGUAUGCUCUGUUUGUGCUUCCUUUUUAAAUACAUGUUCAUUCAUCUAAUUUUUCUGGGAACACUGCUUUGGAACUGAAAAUUUUAAUUUUUUUGACAAUUAAGAAUUAAAGAAGAGCUUAGUUAUUUUUUUUUUGCAACUGGACCACGCUUUAAAAGCCAGUAGGAAGCAAUGAGUCUGCUUUUGCAUUAUCUUAAUUUUGCUACACCUCGAAGACUGAAAAUAAUAUGCUAAAAGUAACAAUAUAAACUGUUUUUACUGUCUUGUGAAUUAAUUCACUUCUGACUUAGAGUUCUGUCCAGAGCUGUUUGUACAUGCAUUUAUGUACACUAUGAAAUGAAACAAAAUAUGAGGACUGUGGAAAAAUGUAUGGAUGAGUUAAGGUCAGAGACACUCCUGUCACAGUACAGCCACAGUUAUGUGGCUAUACAUGCUCAGCAAUUUAGUUAUUAAAUUGGAUGAUGGAUAAAUUCAAGGUUGAUGUGAGAAACUGGGUUGUGGGUGAUAGCGUGUGCAAGGUUUGCACAACCAUUUACUAUUGGCAUUAUUACUGUAGCACUAGACCAUUAACUGUGAAUUGUGAAUAGUGAAACAGAGAAGCCUGGUAUUUAUUGAAAGAAAAGUAACAAAAAAUACUACCAGAGAAGCUUUAGAGUUCCAAAGCAAGUGAAUGAUUACUUUCAGAACUUAAAUAGCUUAGAACUGAUAAAAAAUAUAAUCACCUGAUUGUGAUAAACAAAGUCUCGAGUUUCUAUAAGUUUUAAAUAAUAGUUUAUUAUAUGGUAAAAGCAAGCAGCCGGCUGGGUGACAGAAAUGGGACCAGUUUCCCAAAUCUGCACACACCUACUACAGGGUACAUUUAGUAUUUAUCUUAGCUACUUCAUGCAUAUUAAUUAUAUCAUAUACAUAUACAUUCUACAGGUUUUUGCUAAGUAUUUAAUAUAUGGGUUUUCUUACAGCUAAAGCUAAAAGGGUUAUCUCUACAACCAGUCAUAAUUCAUGCAUUCUUGGACGAACAGGCGCCUAAAGAUUUGAAGUUCUACUCUAUUUUAUUCUUGGGAUAGUAAGGCCUCUUGACCGUUUUAGGCCUCUUGACCUUGUAAGGGUCUGUUUUAUUUCUUUAUGGGGGUGUAAUUAAGUUUUACAAUCCGUUUGUUUUAUUUUGAUAUAAUCACCCAUUUGUUUCACGAAUCACAAUUAUUUGUAUAUCACAUAAUGAAGAUGAUAUUUACCAAAUAUAAUCACUUUUUCAGAUGA